CCCGUCUCCAUCCUUGCAAAGCCGCCGCCGCCGCCGCAGGCUGUGGACCUUCUCCCUGCCCAGCCCUCCUUGCGCUGCUGCUGCUGCUGCUGCCGAAUUCACACCAAAGCAUGUAGUUGCUCAUUCUCUCUCCCUCCUUCUCUCUCUCUCUCCCUCCAGCCCUGAACAGGGCCCUCUCACGCUCCUCCCGGACCCCGGCGCCAUGUCAGGCUCCCUGAGCAAGAGGAAUGACUUGGCCAAUGACAACAGCUGCCUGGGCCUGAGCCUGGCUUUGGUGGUGCCCCCCGGGGGCCCGAUCCUGCCACACAAAGGCCAUUGCAAGGCCUACAGCUGCGCGGAGCUGCACGGCGCUCUGGAGGAGACAUCCAACACCAAGUGGGUGAAGGACGGGCAGAACCAGCUGCGGCAGGCAGCGGAGCGUGGCCGUGACCAGAACCGCAAUGAGCUCAGCCCUCCCACGAAGGAGCUGAGCACCCUGCUCAUCCCGCUGCCGGGCGAGGAAGGCAAAGAUGGGGAGCAAGAACGCGGUGAGUUGGAGGAGGAGGAGGAGGAGGAGGAAGACAACGACAGCAGCGAGCGCGAGGAAGAGGAGGAGGAGGAGGAUGAAGAUUCCACCCCUGUCCAGAGCGAGCCCGUGACCGAGUCCGAGCAGAGCUCCGAGCGGGCCCUGCCCCGCGGGGAUCAGGGCCGCAGCGCCAGCCUCCUCUUUGGCAUGCGCCACAGCGGCACCAGCGACGAAGACUCCAGCUGGGCCACGCUCAGCCAGGGCAGCCCUGCCGGCAGCUCCCCGGACGAAGCAGACUCUUUCUGGCUGUGCAACUCCCUGGAGACGGACUCUGAUCUCCCGGCAGGAUGGAUGCGGGUUCAAGACACGUCUGGCACCUACUACUGGCACAUUCCAACUGGCACCACCCAGUGGGAGCCCCCCCUGGGGAGUGGGAGCAGUGACUCCACAGGCAAUACCCCCUCUAAGGAGGCACAGUUCACCUGGAUGGAAUUUGGGCAGGCCGGACGCUCCCUGGAGGCUGACUGCUGGAAGGAGGUCCCAUCGGAGGAGGGCCCCCCUGAGCCCCAGCUGGAGGAGGGGCAGUCCGCUGUGCACUUGGGGUCCCCCAGCACCCGCUCAUCCCUGGAAGAGGACGGUGAGGAAGAGCAGCAGCAGCUCCUGGCCCUCCCCCCUGGCUCCAAGUGCUUCUUGGUGCGCUCCCUGGGCUGGGUGGAGAUGUCGGAGGAGGAGCUGACGCUGGGGCGCAGCAGCGGGGCCGUCAACAGCUGCAUCCGGCAGCUCUCCAGCCAGAACGCCCACCUCCACGGCUCCUGGGCGGAGGGCAAGGCCAUGCUACUGGUCUUGGAGAAAGAGACGCUGAAGCUCUUGGACCCGGAGGAGCGGACCGUGCUGCACAGCCAGCCCAUUGCCACCAUUCGCGUCUGGGGCGUCGGCCGAGACAGUGGGAGGGAUUUUGCAUACGUGGCCCGCGACCAGCUGGCCCAGAUGUUGAAGUGCCACGUCUUCCGGUGUGAUGCGCCCGCCAAGAACAUUGCCACGGGCCUCCACGAGAUCUGCUCCCAGAUCAUGACCGAGCGGCGGAGCGCACAGGGUCCCCUGAAUGGGCUCUUGCUGGAUCACUCCAAACUGGUGGAGAUCCCCUUCCAAGUGGAGUUUCCGGCCCCCAAAAGUGAGUCGGUCCAGACGUUCCAGGUGUAUUAUUUGGGCAGUGUUUCCGUGGCCAAGCCUGUGGGCAUGGAUGUCAUCAACGCGGCCCUGGAAGCGGCCCUGGCGGCUGGUGGCAAAGAGCAGUGGACGCCCAGCCAAGUCAGCGUGGCGCCUGCCACCCUCACCCUCACGCACCAGCAGACGGAUGCCGUGCUGUGCGAAUGCCGCGUGCGGUUUCUCUCCUUCAUGGGCAUCGGGAAGGACGUCUGCUCCUUCGCCUUCAUCAUGGCGGCCGCCCCUGGCAACUUCCGCUGCCACAUGGUCUGGUGCGAGCCCAAUGCAGCUGGGCUGAGCGAGGCCGUGCAGGCCGCCUGCAUGCUCCGCUACCAGAAAUGCUUGGACGCCCGGCCUCCGAGCAGCAGCUCCUGCCUCCCGGCCCCCCCGGCAGACUCCGUGGCGCGCCGCGUGGGCUCCACCGUCCGGAAGGGCGUCCAGACGUUGCUCGGGACCCUCAAGCCCAAGCGCCAGGGGGCUCAGACGCCAUGAACCCACGCAGGGACCGUGGAGUCCACCCACCCGCCACCCGUGGCAUCGGCCCGGCUGCCCCCUUCCCCGGCACGCACAUUCUACGUGAAAGCGAGCGUGCAGGCUGUAUAUUUAUGAGGCCCGAGUGUGUCUGCACAAGUGAGAAACGUUCAUCUUCCCUCUUGGGGGUGGCGGGGAGGGGGUCACACCUGGGCCUCCUGGGCCGCUUCUGCCAGGGUGCCCACUCUACCGGGGCUGAUGCCCACCCUCCGUGUAGGCACCUCUGGCCACCAGAAACUGCUGCUUCUAACUGAAUAUGGUGGAAGUGGGUGGGGCGGUGUGCCGCUGCUGCGCUGGCCAGGGGGUGGCAGCGAUCUCCAGGGCCCCCUUGCACCCUUCCGUGCGCCCAGCCGCUGGCGAGCGCCCCAGGCCCAGGCCCUCCCGAGGGGACGGGGAGCCUGCUCUCUGCUAUAACAGGGGA